UCUCUCGCGCGCCGUGUGUUGCCGGGGUACCGUGCGGCCAACAGCGGGUAGGCCGGGUGGCGGGUGUCAGGCACACUCCGCUGACGGUUAGUGAAAGCGGAACAAGCAGCCAUUGCCGACACUCCUUGAGCCGUGUGAUCGGCCUGGCGGCGGACUUAGCGCGGGCCCUCCGGUGGAGAUCGAACUCCAUUUCUCGCCAGGCAACUCCCCGUGUACAUCCACCCACACCUCGCUACAGGUCGCUCACCAGCGAGUGGUGGGCAGCAAGAAGGGACUGACAGACAAGAGGAGAAAUAAGACUUUGCCCCGCAAGUAAUCCCACAGUGACGAUGUCCGUGUCGCCACCGACCUUUCGUGGAGAGCGACUGAGGAGACGGUCACAGAGUCUGUAGACUCGGCCACCACACCGCACACACACCUGUAAACAGUUGAGUUUACUCUCUCACAGCCUGGAGUGCAGGUGACUGCGCGGGGGAAGCAGCGCCCUCAGGAUCACUUGCUGGCCUCCGGGACAACAGGCAAUCAGGGUGAGAGGUCGUCUUACGACACAAGAGCUGACACUUGUCACACUUGUCACAGCAUGAGCCUCGAGUAAGGUGAACCGCUCUUACCUGCUCGGUUGCUAGGUGUUGCUCCCAGACGCGGUGACCAUGACAACAGUGAAAGCCUAUCGUCUGCGUAUCGAGACGGAAGACCCGAUGUACUACGGGCAGAAGAAGCUGAAGAUCACAGGCCGUGACCUCGUGAACCUCAGCAGCUCCGUCUUCCACCUGCUGGAGUUGGAGGUCCUCGACCUCAGUCCCGAGCGGGAGUCGUGCCUGGACUACAAGCUGACGUCACUUCCGCCCGGCAUCGGGCGCCUGGUCAACUUGACCACGCUGAUGCUGGACACCAACGACCUGACGGAGGUGCCGCCGGAGAUGGCGCUGCUGCAGCAGUUGGAGCGCCUGGCCCUCAGCAACAACCACUUGUCCUCCCUGCCACCCGAGUUCAAGAACCUGAAGGAGCUGCGCAGCCUGCACCUGGCCAACAACGACUUCCACGACUUCCCGCCGCAGCUGUGCUGCAUCACCACGCUGCAGUUCCUGGACCUGUCCGACAACCACAUCAAGGCUCUGCCAGAGGAGAUCAGCCAGCUGCAGGAGCUGCAGACGUUGUUGCUGUUCAUCAACGACCUGCCGAAGCUGCCGGAAGCGCUGUGUCAGCUGACGGAGCUGCGGUGUCUGUGGGUGGGCAAGAACCGCCUGCGCGCGCUGCCUCGCCACUUCGGGCAGCUGGUCAACCUGGACUGGGGGCACCGCUACACCUCCUCCGCCCUCGACGACAACCCGCUCAUCCACCCGCCGCUGGAGAUCUGCCGCAUGGGCCCGCAGGCCAUCGACCGUUACAUGACCUCGCUGCACGGCGGCGACACCGCGGACAGACACAAGGACGACAGCAGAAGCAGAACGAACUCCAGGAAAGACGGGAAGGCGGAAAUGAUCCGAGACAACGGAACAUAGACAAAAGCUGAGCCACAAAGAGGCUGGGAAAGGAGGAGGACAGCAGAGGUCGAGGGCUUGGACUCGUGCUGUUUACGAAUGAUACCAUGUACAAACCCGUGCUGUUUACGAACUAUACCAUGUACAAACUCGUGCUGUUUCCGAAUGAUACACUGUGGACUCGUGCUGUUUACGAAUAAUACCGUGUAAGACUCGUGCUAUUUCCAAAUAAGGAAACCAGGGGCAACAUCUCGCGCCCACCCAACCUGAGAAUGGCGCGGGUGUCGGAGAUUGUGACUGUCAACAGAGCAGUGCGACUGUGAAUAGAAGCGUGAUUGUGAACAGAGGUGUGUGAAUGUGAAAGAAGAGUUUUUCUCUCUCUUGUGGUUGUAACCCUGGGCAGGCGUCACACAGAUACACAAAACUUGAGACUCCAUGGAACUGCUGUCGACUUGACAUCAGCACGUGACACAGACCUCAGCAACAAACUGCUUUCUCAGACAUUUCUUGUAAACAUUAACAAUUUAUUUUAAAAAUGAAAAUUCAAAACCUAAUAGUUUGUUUCUGUUUU